CGCGGCCGCCAUAUAUGCAUAAACACAACACAAUGCAUGAUUGUUGUGUCAGCGUCUCUCUCUCUCUCUCUCUCUUCUUCGUUAACCCUGCUUCUCAACUCAACACUCCUUCCCAAAAGCAAGAAAGCAAAACAAUGGAGAGGCUAAACUCGAAGCUGUACGUAGAGAACUGCUACAUAAUGAAAGAGAACGAGAGGCUAAGGAAGAAAGCUGAGCUUCUGAACCAAGAGAAUCAACAGCUUUUGUUUCAGCUCAGACAGAAGCUCUCCAAAACUAAGAACACUAAUGGAUCAAACAAUGACAACAAGUCAACCUCUGCUUCUGGACAAUCUGGAUUUUAAAUCAAGAAGACGUUAGAGCAAAGAUCUGGAAUCCGUAGAAAGAUAAAAAGAAGAAGAAGAACCCAACCUUUUGGAUUUUUAUUUUGUUUGGUGUAAUGUAGGAAGAAGAUAACUAGUAUCCAAUAGUAGUACUGUAGUAAGUUAUUAUGAAAGGAAAGAUUCUGUUUUAUUACAUAAGAAGACAGUAUCUCUCUGUUAGUCUUCUCAGUCAUAUUUUUUUUUCUUUUCACUUUUGUUUCUAUUUUCUAUGUUAAUUAAAGAUCUUCUUGUGUGGGGUUUUGGGACUUUAGGAUAUGGUUGAUUCUUGGACUAACAUUUGCACCUUUGCUCUCUUUAUUUAUCAUAUAUUGUCAAGUGCAUAUCAAUCAGUUAAUGUAUUAUAUAAAAUGGGGACAAGUUAUUCAA